AUGCGGUUUUACCAUGAAGAUACCCCACCAUCAUCUGUCAAUGGAGAUGAAAUUACUGGGAUGGAUGACGAAGGUGUCAUGUACUUGGAAGAGAUGGAUGACAUGCCGGAUGAAUUUGAGGAAAUGGAGGAAGUUACAGACCUGGAAGAAGAAGACACUGAAAUGGAACGUCCAGAAGAUCUUGCUGUCUUAGUUUUCAAUAAGCAUAGUGGUUCAGUAUUUUGCUGUGAUCUCCAUCCAUGUGGAAAAUUUGCAGUUACAGGUGGGGAGGACGAUAAAGCAUUUGUAUGGUCUGUAGGAACUGGCGACGUUAUCAUGGAAUGUAAAGGUCAUAAAGACUCAGUUAUAUUUGUUGGCUUUAGUUUUGAUGGUGCAUUUCUUGCCACUGUUGAUAUGAGUGGUGUAAUAAAAAUAUGGAAAUGUAACCUUGAAAAUGUUCAACAAGAAUGGCCAAUGGUAUUUGAAUAUGAGGCAGAUGAUUUAAGUUGGGGUCUAUGGCAUUUUGGGACCAGAGUGCUAUUCUGUGGUGCUGUUACCGGUGAUAUUUUUGUUUUUAAAAUACCUACAGGAGAUACAAAAAUUUUAUCUGGUCAUAAUAUCAAAACAGAAUGUGGUAAGCUUUUUCCGGAUGGUGUCCGUUUAGCGGCUGGAUAUGAGGAUGGUACAGUAAAAGUUUGGGAUCUGAAAACAAAUUCUGUACUCCAACAGGUGCCACAAAACGUCCAUCAAAUAAGAGUAACUGCUAUUGACACACAUCCGGAGAAUAAUCUUAUGGCAUCCAUAUCUACAGAUGGAAAAGCAAUUUUGUCCACAUCAGUUAAUGGAAAAAUUGUGGCAAAUUUGGAAACUGAAAACGAUUUAGAAGCAGUGGCAUUUUCGAACCAACAAUUGGGAUACUUUGCUUUAGGUACACUGAAUGGUGCUGUAACCAUUUGGGAUGUUGGUAGACAAAUGAUUCGUCAUCACUGUUCGAAAUCAGAAGACGAUGUAGCAGCGGGAGUUACUAAGAUGUUUUGGGUAAAGGACCAUCUGGUAACAGGUUGCCUUGAUGGUUCAAUCAGAGUAUAUGAGGGAAGGUCUGGAGAGAGAAGUCUGAUGCUAACUGGACACUGGUCAGAAAUACUAGAUUUAUGUUAUAACGAAAAAGAAAAUCUGAUAUUAUCUUCUUCAGAUGAUGGUACUGCAAGGAUAUUUAAAUAUGAACUUAAUAAAGAUAAGGCAUAA